CAGCGGGUAUUCCUCUCCCAUUCCGACCGCAAAGUGUGGCUACUCUUCGAUUACGCCGAACACGACCUCUGGCACAUAAUCAAGUUCCACAGGGGGGCCAAAGCCAACAAGAAACAAGUGGUUACUCCCAAAGGAAUGGUUAAGUCACUCAUCUAUCAGAUAUUGGAUGGUAUUCAUUAUCUGCACACCAAUUGGGUUCUGCACAGAGAUCUCAAACCGGCCAACAUUCUAGUGAUGGGUGAGGGGGCAGAGAGGGGUCGCGUCAAGAUCGCUGACAUGGGUUUCGCGCGACUGUUUAACGCACCCCUUAAACCAUUGGCCGAUUUGGAUCCAGUAGUGGUGACUUUCUGGUAUAGGGCACCGGAACUACUACUGGGCGCCAGACAUUACACCAAAGCCAUAGACAUUUGGGCCAUCGGUUGCAUAUUCGCCGAACUGCUCACCUCUGAACCCAUAUUCCACUGCAGACAGGAAGACAUCAAGACCUCCAACCCCUACCAUCACGACCAACUCGACCGCAUAUUCAAUGUGAUGGGCUUUCCAUUAGACAAGGAUUGGGACGACAUCAGGAAAAUGCCGGAACACCCGACCCUUUCCAAGGAUUUUAAGCGAAAUAAUUACCAGAGCUGUUCACUCGUCAAGUAUAUGGAGAAACAUAAAGUAAAACAGGACUCCAAAGCAUUUCAAUUAUUGCAAAAAUUACUGCUUAUGGAUCCCACCAAACGGCUCACAUCAGACACAGCUAUGCAGGACUCGUACUUCCAGGAGGACCCCCUUCCCACUCAAGAUGUAUUCCAUGGCUGUGCCAUACCGUACCCAAAGCGGGAGUUCCUAACCGAUGAUGAGAAUGAGGACAAAAAUGACACGAAUAAUAAGCAACAAAACAAUAACAAUCAGAAUCACGAUAAUAAUAAUCACAACCAUUCGGCCAAACGGGUUCGCAUGAGCGGAAUGGGCGGUCAAAACAUACCUCCAGUCUCGUCGAGUUCGGGCAAUUCGGGCCAUGGAUUGCAGAACCAGAACACUAUGUAUUCUAGUAGUCAACAAAUGGCCGGAAACUAUCAACAACGGUAUCCAUGAAUGAGUGAAUUUAUAAAUUACCGGUACAUAUAAAAGUAUACCAGUGCCUGGUGCACAGGUAUGUUUUAUUGUGUUAUAUUCCGCACUCAACUUAAUUGGUACUAAAAAUUAGAAAAUUAGUGUAAUUUACUUGAUUAAGUUGUAUAAUUGUACAGUAAAUUCAAUUUAUGGGAUAUGUUUGCAUAGGUAUUAAUGUUUUCUAAGGGUAUAUCGUAAUACCGAUUGAAUUAUUUGUUAAUAAUAAUAAUAGUUUUGUAUAAAUAGAGUACCGU